AUGAAUACCAACCUAUUUAUUAGAAAUCCCUGUGGAACGAGGCUAUUCUUUGGCAAUCUGUGCCGCCUGGUAGCGCCCAGCUAUCGCAGCCAGAUGAUGGGGAGCGCCAUUCGUGCACGCGCGGUAAGUCUAACUAAGAAUGCGGGCAUUACUUCGCCAAGGAUGAUGCUCUUUACAAGUAUCACAGCUACGGGUCUACUAAUGCCGCUGUUCAAGUCUCCUAUAAUUCGCAAUGACGCAUACAUGGGCGUUCACGACGUAAAGUACCCGCAGGUGGGAUAUGGUGCAGGGGUCACUAGCAAGGAAGUGCGCAGGGGAAGGCUUAAUGGAAAGCUAGAUUACCGCCAGCUAUGUCUGGGCUCCAUCGCGGGUGUUGCGCUGGGAAUUGUUGUCGGAAAGAUUUCGCACGCUCUCGUAUUUAUUACUGGCCUGGGGCUGCUGGCGCUUCAAUGGCUACAGAGUCGAGGGAUAGUGGACAAAGGCACCACGCGUGGGCUAUCUAGAUACCUGAUCAGCACCGGCAGGGAGAAGAUUGACCUUAAUACACUCUUCUGGGAGAAGCCGAGCUUCAAGAUUUCCUUUUUGCUCACCUUCGUGCUGGCUGCGCUGAAUGUCUAA